AUGGCGGAAGUCCACAGACGUCAGCAUGCUCCGGUUAAAGGAGAAGCCCCCGCGAAAUCCUCCACACACAGAGAUGAGGAGGAGCUGGGGAUGGCGCCGGCCGAAACGCUGACGGUCUUCCUGAAGCUGCUGGCCGCCGGCUUCUACGGCGUGAGCUCCUUCCUCAUCGUGGUGGUCAACAAGAGCGUGCUCACCAACUACAGAUUUCCGUCCUCGCUAUGUGUUGGACUUGGCCAGAUGGUGGCCACGGUAGCAGUUCUCUGGGUGGGAAAGGCGCUCAGGGUAGUGAAGUUUCCUGACUUUGACAGAAAUGUACCUCGAAAGACCUUUCCACUACCUCUACUAUAUUUUGGGAACCAAAUCACCGGACUGUUCAGCACAAAGAAACUGAACUUGCCCAUGUUUACAGUUCUGAGACGGUUCUCCAUUCUGUUUACAAUGUUUGCUGAAGGAGCUCUACUCAAGAAGACUUUCUCCUGGGGUAUUAAGAUGACUGUAUUUGCAAUGAUUAUUGGAGCAUUUGUAGCUGCCAGCUCUGACUUGGCAUUUGAUCUGGAAGGAUAUGUUUUCAUUUUGAUCAAUGAUGUCCUGACAGCAGCAAAUGGUGCAUACGUGAAGCAGAAGUUAGAUUCGAAAGAGCUGGGAAAGUACGGUCUGCUCUAUUACAAUGCACUGUUCAUGAUUCUUCCCACCCUGGCCAUUGCAUAUUUCACAGGAGAUGCACAAAAGGCUAUGGAGUUUGAGGGCUGGACGGACACCCUGUUCCUUCUACAGUUCACCCUCUCCUGUGUGAUGGGGUUUAUCUUGAUGUAUGCUACAGUACUCUGCACUCAGUAUAAUUCUGCUCUUACCACAACAAUAGUUGGCUGCAUUAAGAAUAUAUUAAUAACUUAUAUUGGAAUGGUCUUUGGUGGAGAUUAUAUUUUCACAUGGACAAAUUUUAUUGGCCUAAAUAUCAGUAUUGCUGGAAGCCUGGUGUAUUCUUACAUCACUUUCACCGAAGAGCAGCUGAGCAAACAGUCAGAGGGCAAUAACAAGCUGGACACUAAGGGGAAAGGAGCCGUAUGACCUGAUGGCCCCUGCUCGUGUACCCUGAAGACACUGAGGCGUCCUGACUCGGGACUGAUAUUCCUUUGCAAUUGUAUGACUCUAGGACUGAUUGUUGCCUUUGAAAAUUUCUUGACCGUAUGUUAACUAUGUUUAAAUUAAUUUAUGUCAGACUGGAAAAUGUACUGGGUGGGUUUUAAUUUAUUUUUUGUCUCAGACAGUGAAGCAUCAGUGUUUUGGAGUCUUCUACCCUUUGUUUGCUAUCCAGGUGACCCUGGCAGUGUAUACAAUGUGUUUUGCCAGAGCUGCCUUCCAGUGGGCUGUCCCCAGAGGCAGUUUAGCUGGAAAUGCAGCUGAGAUCUGAACUUUCUUCUUUUUUAAUUGCAUUAUCUCCAUAGUAUCAUUACAUUUGCCAAAGGUAACAGCUUUGGCACUAAAAACCCCACGAGGCUCUGAAGGAUUUUGCUUUCCUGGAUUGUGUGGGGUGAGCAGAGCGUGCCUUGGAAUGUCUGAUUCCUCUUUGUUCAGUAGAGAAAAGCAAGGGGUGGAGAAAGCUGACCAUUCCUCAGUUCUUCACUCAACAGUAAUGCAGUGAACAUAGAUAGCUGUUGGGCCUUGUGCUGAGUGCAGGGAUGCAGAGAUGAGUUGGUGGUGGUUCAGAAGCUCUCUCCUGCCGUGGACUGAAUGUAAGAUGGAGAACUUGAUUCUCUGUUCAGCUAGGAAACUCUGCGACUGUGUGCCAGGCACUUCAGCCCUCUGGAACUGCAGGCCUGUGAGGUUAGAAGCACCUGCCCUGCCUAUUCUCCUGAGAUCAGAGCCCACAGUGAGACACUGAAGAGCUACAAUCUGUAUACAGCAAUGGCUCAGCUCCCACUUCUCUGAGAGGGACAGAUAGUCAAGGUGGCUGCCGUCUCUCCCCAUGCCUUCAUCAUGUGGGUAUAGUUGGUACUCUUUGGAUUCCUGUGUGCAAGUCCUCAUCACAGGCCCAAGGCCCAUGCUUCUGAACUGGCUGGUCUGAGGGAAGAGCUGGCCAGACCUCUUUGUAUUGUUGGGACUUGAUCUCUUUUGGGCAAAGUCUCUCCCUCCUUAAAUGACAAGAGGCCAGCUCUCCCCUGCAGGAACACCACCUGUACCUUCAGCCCUGGGAUGCACUGGAUGAGCAUCUCGGUGGAUUCCUCAUUCUGAGAGAGCAGCUGUGAGUAGACAUUGCCUGCACUGCCCCAGGGAGGGAUGUUUGCCAGAGCUGGGUGGCAUGGCUCAGAGACCUCCCCUGCUGUGGAGGAGGCUGUGUUUGCUUGGGUCAGCAGAGUAGAUUGCCUCUGCUUCCUUCGUGGGCAGCUGACUGGAUGCUGUAGGCUUAAACAGCUUGGAUUUUUGUGUCUCAUUGGGGGAAUAUGAGAGUUUUGAUUUUUUUUCCCCUCUAUUUGAAAAUUUCAUCUGUAGGCUCCACCUUGAAUAUAAAUUUUAUAAGAAAGCACAUUUGCAAGUUUUCUGCAAUAUUGUAUCAGGAAUCUGUGGAAGAUUUUGGUCAGUAAAGCUGAGGCAGGGUCUCCACAGAGUGUUAGUGUUUCUCUCUAUUGGUCAGUUCACAGGCACACUGAGGGCUUUAGGCCUGGGCCUCUUUGCUUUCCUUAUUGGGGGCUCUUUGAGUGAGAGAAGACUUAAUGGCCAGCAAAUGGACAAAUAAAUAGGACAUAGUCUGGCACUCUCCAGUGUUUAGUUGUUCAGCCAGGGGUCCGUCCUUAGUUGAAAGAAUACAAAUGAAAGAGCUCAGUGAUUUGUAAAUAAGGCCUGUCUGCACAGUUUUGGGUGACACUGAUUUUAGGCCCACCCCAAAAGAACAGUGUUUCCAUUUCAGAGGACUUGGUCCUCGGAUCAUCAUGUAGCUCAGAUGAGCCACGCAGCUCUUAAACUGCCUACCCUGAGCCCUCCCAUGACCUGGAUGCUCUUUCUUCCCACAUCUGUGCAGUGCUGGUUUCUCCCAUGAACAGGCUGUAAUGGAGUUUUUUCUUCCCUGGGGAGACACACUGAGAGUGAGUGCAGUUCCCAUUACAUAUGGCACACAGCAGACGUAGGGCCAGCAUCCUCUCAUGGAGGACUGCGUUCAUUCAGUGCCAGUGACUUAGGGUAACGUGUUUCCCGAGAAGCACAAGCCUGUGCCUCCUUGCGUCCAGAUGCUUAGGCGACAGUCUUUGUCUGCUAUCUUUUUGAAAACACAAAAUAUUUCUCUCAUAGCCACUGUGAUUCUGCUUUUUAAAAAGAAAAAUAUUUUCAUAUUAUGAUGGCAAGUUUGAAAAAGCGAAAACUGUUUUCUCUCUCCGUGGGAGACAGUUGCAUUUCAGAGUGGUGAUUCAGUGAAGACUCCGCUGUCACCCUAAGGUAGCUUCCAGACCUUCCUCCCUCACCUCAGCACUAAACACACUUGGACUGGCUUCCUCAACCGCUGGGCGGCUCUCAGUAGUCCGUGGUGCGUCACCUUUCUGAGCCGUCUACUCCUGCUGUUCACAGUUCACCUUGUGGAAUGAGGAGAGACUCUAGUGUUUUGUUUUUUAAACUUUAUUUUGAAAAUAUUUUUUAAAAAGAAAUCUACUGGUUAGAUUUUAUUGUCACAGAAGUGUUUUUAGAGAUUAUUUUGUUCACAGAUGUCCCCCUUCUCGGGCUGAUGACUGACUUGCCCACAUGUGUCCAUCUCUGACAAUGUUUCUUCAAUAUAGAUUUUAUUUACCAAUAUACUUAGUGUUUUUAAAAGGUACUGAGCAUUGAGGUAUGUAAAUCAGGUGACAUAAACAUGACAAAUCAUGUGCCUAAAUAUUUUUUUAAUGAUGUCAAAUAAAUACUUUUUCUGGAAAA